AUGACCAUUGCUAAGACACCCUCGGCGCCCCCUCCUUAUGAGGCAUGCCGCGGAACCUUCUCUUUCCUACCAGAGAGGGUGAGGAGAAAGCUCCGGAUGUCCUUUCCCGUCUUUGAAAGCAUGGAGAACACUGAUCGGGCGUAUGCCCCGGUGGAAUAUGGAAGUAUUAAAGAACUGGCUGAGGCCAUUAGAAAAUAUGGGGUCUCGGCCAAUUUCACAUUGGCCCAGUUAGACCGACUGGCAGGGGACGCUAUGACACCCACCAAUUGGCAGACGGUGGCCAAGGCCAUGCUUCUCAGCAUGGGGCAGUACCUAGAAUGGAAGGCCUUAUGGCACGAGGCAGCCCAAGAUCAGGCUAGGGCCAAUGCUGCCUCCCUAACACCUGAACAGCAGCAAUGGACUUUUGACAUGCUAAUGGGACAAGGGCUCUAUGCUGCCAAUCAAACCAACUACCCAUGGGGGGUAUACCAACAGAUAUCAAGUACAGCAAUCAGGGCAUGGAAAGCUCUUUCUAAAAGAGGGGAGGGAAGUAAUCAGCGUACCAAGAUCAUACAGGGGACCCAGGAACCUUUCUCUGAUUUUGUGGCUAGAAUGACUGAAGCGGUGGGGCAAAUCUUUGGGUACUCUGAGGCCACCAUGCCCUUUAUAGAGCAACUCAUCUUUGAGCAGGCCACGCAGGAAUGCCGCACAGCAAUAGCUCCCCAAAAGAACAAAGGCUUGCAAGAUUGGCUCAGAGUGUGCAGGGAGCUAGGUGGCCCACUAACUAAUGCAGGACUGGCUGCUGCCAUCUUACAGUCUCAGAAAUGCCUUCCUCAGGGCCCUGUCAGGCACAUCUGCUUUAAUUGCGGAAAGCCUGGGCACAUGAAGAGGGAUUGCAAGAGUCAGAAAAAUUCCCAGAUGCUUUGUACGCGGUGUGGCAAAGGAUACCAUAAAACUGAUCAAUGUCGCUCAGUGAGAGAUUUGAAAGGUAAUCUGCUUCCCCCUAGAGAGGACUCAAGGAAUGAAGAGUCAAAAAACGGGCAAGUGGGCCCCUGGUCCCAGGGCCCGCAGAAAUAUGGGAACAGAUGUCCCCAGACACCAGGGCCCACUCACCCGGACCAGGCACCAGAUUGGACCUGUGUGCCUCCUCCAAUUUCCUACUAA